AAUCCAACAGCCACUGUGAUUGCAUUGUGUUCAAUGAAAGAUUUCAAUCUGGCUCAAGAAACUUGUCAGAUGGCCAUCAGAGACAUUGGAUGUCUUGAAGUGUUAAUUAAUUUGCUUGAUACAGAAGAAAUUAAAUGUCAGAUUGGUUCAUUAAAAAUCCUCAAGGAAAUUAGUCAAAAUACACUGAUCAGACAUGCAAUUGCAGAUCUUGGGGGCUUAGAGAUCAUGGUGAAAAUACUGGACUCCCUGGACAGAGAACUAAAAUGUUUGGCAGCUGAAACAAUUGCUAAUGUUGCUAGAUUUAAACGAGCACAAAGAACAGUUAGGCAGCAUGGAGGAAUCAAGAGACUGGUUGGGCUGUUGGACUGUGAUGCAGUGGGUUCAACCAGUCUAACACCAUACCAAGCAAAAGAUACUGAAAUGGCACGUUGUGGGGCUUUGGCACUCUGGAGCUGCAGCAAAAGCACCAAAAAUAAAGAAGCAAUCCGUAAAGCUGGUGGCAUUCCAUUAUUAGCUAGAUGGCUCAAAUGUUCACAUGCAAGCAUCUUAACUCCAGUAGUGGGGACGCUACAAGAAUGCGCCUCAACACCAAGUUACAGACUUGCAAUAAAGACAGAAGGAAUGAUUGAGUACCUUGUGAAAAAUCUGAGUAGUGAACAUGAGGAGCUUCAGAUGCAUUGUGCAAGUGCCAUAUUUAAGUGUGCAGAAGAUAAAGAAACACGUGACCUGGUUAGACAGCAUGGAGGUCUACAGCCACUAUCUGUUCUGCUUGCUAACUCUGAAAACAAACAACUUUUAGCAGCUGUGACAGGAGCAAUUUGGAAAUGUGCAAUCAGUGAAGAAAAUGUGGCAAAAUUUCGGGAAUAUAAAGUCGUAGAAACUUUGGUAGGACUGCUUACUGAUCAGCCUGAAGAAGUCCUCAUAAAUAUCGUUGGAGCACUGGGAGAAUGUUGCCAGGAGACAGUAAAUCGAAGUACUAUCCGUAGAUGUGGGGGAAUACCACCUCUAGUGAAGUUACUUACUGGAACUAAUCAGGCACUACUUGUGAAUGUCACCAAAACAGUGGGAGCUUGUGCAACAGAACCUGAAACUAUGAUAAUAAUUGACCGUCUAGAUGGAGUUCGUUUGUUAUGGUCAUUGUUGAAAAAUCCUAAUCCAGAUAUUCAAGCAAGUGCAGCCUGGGCUAUUUGUCCUUGCAUUGAUAAUGCUAAGGAUGCUGGGGAAAUGGUUCGAUCUUUUGUUGGUGGCUUGGAACUGGUAGUCAAUUUGCUAAAAUCAAAGAAUAAAGAAGUUCUAGCAAGUGUAUGUGGAGCCAUUACAAAUAUAGCUAAAGAUGAAGAAAAUUUAGCUGUUAUAACAGAUCAUGGAGUUGUCCCUCUGUUGUCAAAACUAGCAAACACAAACAAUGACAAAUUAAGACGCCACUUAGCAGAGGCCAUUUCCAACUGUUGCAUGUGGGGGAGAAAUAGAGUUGCCUUUGGAGAGUCCAAUGCUGUAGCUCCUUUAGUACGUUACUUGAGGUCAAAUGAUCCAUCAGUUCAUAGAGCUACAGCUCAGGCUUUAUAUCAGCUUUCAGAGGAUCCCAACAACUGUAUCACCAUGCAUGAAAAUGGAGUGGUAAAGCUCCUACUGCCUAUGGUAGGCUCCACAGAUGAAACUCUGCAGGAGGCAGCAGCUGGUUGCAUAGCAAACAUUCGCAGAUUGGCUCUAGCAACAGAAAAAGCAAAGUAUGGAUGA